CAAGACAUCGAAACUGUGAUUAUGGGCAGUGGAGGCGAAGUGGACCAGGAGGCUUCUGCAGUUCUGCAGGCUUGCGACACUUCUGCUAACGGCCUGGACAUGGAUCCCUUCACCCAGCCCACCACACCGAGCUACUACAUAGACUUGGGGGGCUCUUGCAAGAGUCGGCCAGCCGACCAACUGGUACCGUUCGUCCCCCCGGUGAUUUACUCCCUGCCACCGCCCGUCGAUUCCACCAAAGAUGACCCCUCGAAGAGUGACUCGUACGCGGAAUGCAUCAGCAGAAUCAAGACCGAGGAUUCCGCCCACGCGGAGACCUUAUACCUGACCAGUGCGAGGCAUCCCAGUUCCUAUCCACCCUUGGCCUCCGCCUCCCACAAUUUCUCCAACGCUUCGCCCCACUACUCGUACGGCGUGAGUCAACCCUCCUUCGUGCCUCCGGGACCUCGUUGUAUAGUUCCUCUGGGCCAGAUCUCCCCGCCUAACACUCCGGAGACCUUCCGGACACAGGUCGUCCACCCUUACGGCCACGUCCACGGAGUGGACGCGAUCUCUCACGAACAUCCUUCACACCAUUUCAUGCUCAUCACACCACCGUCCUCACCACACGUCUCGACCCUGCACGGACCGCCGGAUCUACGGCACAGACACCCCGGCCACGCUUUCCUCCCCGGGCAGCACCACCUGCCUCCCCCGGGAGCCGUCAAGUCCCUCGUCACCAAGACCCGACGUCGCCAGAACUGGAGUCGGCGAAAGGUCAUAGUGCACACUUGCUCCCACUCCGGCUGUGGCAAGACAUACACCAAAUCAUCCCACCUGAAGGCACAUCUCCGCACACACACGGGCGAGAAGCCGUACCAGUGCGGCUGGAAGGGCUGUGGCUGGAAGUUCGCUCGCUCGGACGAGCUGACUCGCCACUACAGGAAACACACCGGGGACCGUCCCUUCCAGUGCAGACUCUGCGAGAGGGCGUUUUCCAGGUCUGACCAUCUCUCUCUCCAUAUGAAACGACAUAUCAAUAUCUGAAGAGAAUUUUGACCAAAAUAUAAUCUAGUUUAUUUGAUACAGCGUAUUCUAAAAAGAUGAUUUAUUCAGUUUUGGACAGUUGGUUUUUGAAACCUCGAUGGUAAAUAUAUUUAAGUUGAGUUGAUAAACCUUACCUUGCAAAGAUUAAUGAGUUACAUAAAAGGUAUUUUAGAACAUUUUAGUGAAAGAAAUACCAAAUCUAUUUCACAAUGGGUCUAUAUGUUUACACUAGUUUAAAAGUUUAAAAUGAAAUUUCUUGAAAACAGAAAAGUUUUGGCACGCAACUACUACUGUCUUAGUUAUA